GUCUCCUCUUGGGCCUGCUCUCCAAAAUGUGGCAGUCCCUGGCAGUGCUGGGUCUCCUGGCAGCUCUGGUGAGCGCCCGCACCGUCCCCAUCUUCCCUCCGCUUUCUCAUGACUUGGUGAACUACGUCAACAAGCUCAACACUACCUGGAAGGCUGGCUUCAACUUCAACAAUGCAGACAUCAGUUACGUGAAAAAGCUGUCUGGCACAUACCCACAUGGCCCCAAACUGCCACCAAGGGUUGAGUUCGCAGGUGACCUGGAUCUACCAGACAGCUUCGACUCGCGGAAGCAGUGGCCCAACUGCCCAACGAUCAGCCAAAUCCGAGACCAGGGUUCUUGUGGCUCCUGCUGGGCUUUAGCUGCCGCGGAAGCGAUAUCAGACCGGAUUUGUAUCCACACCCAUGGCAAGGUGAGCGUGGAGAUCUCAGCGGAAGACCUGCUAUCCUGCGGUGGCUUAGAGUAUGGGAUGGGGUGCAAACGAGGCUCUAUUUCAAAAGCAUGGAAGUUCUGGGUCGACAAGGGUGUGGUAACUGGUGGGCUUUAUGGCUCUCAUGUGGGCUGCAGACCAUAUUCCAUCAAACCCUGUGAGCACCACACCAAUGGAAGCCGCCCCCCCUGUCCUGAUGAACUUGAAGAAACCCCCAAAUGUACACAACAGUGUGAAGCCGGCUAUUCUCCAGAGUAUCAACAAGACAAACACUAUGGUCUUAAAGCUUAUAGCAUCCCUACCAGCGAGGAGGAGAUCAUGGCAGAGAUUUACAAGAACGGGCCAGUGGAAGGAGGUUUUACUGUUUACGAUGACUUCUUCAUGUACAAGUCAGGCGUCUACCAGCAUGUCUCUGGAAAGCAACAUGAAUGCCACGCAAUCCGGAUCCUGGGCUGGGGAGUGGAGGACAGCACGCCUUACUGGCUAGUGGCCAAUUCCUGGAACACAGACUGGGGCGACAAUGGCUACUUCAAAAUCCUCCGGGGGAAGGAUCACUGUGAAAUUGAAUCGUGGGUUGUCGCUGGAAUUCCAUGGACGGGCCAGUACUAGAACCGGCUGUGAAGUUGUCCUUCCUGUCUGAGCCCAUCUUUGUUCUGCAAACCGCAAAUCAAGAGUAAAUCAUGCCUGUGGAGAUAUGAGCUAGGAUUGCACGCCCCACUCCUGAGACACAUUUUAGAAUUGGCGUCUUUUUAUUCGAGCUUUUUGAAAAACAGAAUUUCUAUGGAGCUGCUGUCUUGAGCCGGGCUGCCUUUGUGUCUGGCAGGUGAGACUCCUAGCUUAUGCCCAACACAUGGAUUUCCUUGCCUAAAAGCCAGAAUGGCAGAGUUGCUGAAUAGGGUGGUUGGGGGGUAUCUUUUUUCUGUCUUGAUGGGAAAAAAAUACCCCCUGAUGGGAGUAUCUUUUUUUCUAUCUAGAUGUUUUAAUGAGCCAUUUUUAGAAGGG